UCUGAUGCGAGAGCCCUGCACAAGAGAGCGUGCAGCGUGUAGAUCAAAAACGAGACGGACGAGAUCGUGUUGGGAAAAUUCUAGAAUUUUACCGUGCAUUCGCCCUCUUUGACAAGGCUGAAUAAACUUUGCUAUUGAUCAUCGAGCUCGGCUUUCUUUCGUGCGAUUUCACUACUGCGAUUGAGUUUUUUCUGGAGCGUCAGUGACAUUGAACGAGAAUACGUAACCCUCGUUGUGACUCGACUUUUCUUUGUGCAGUUUGUGCCGUCGCUCAUCUACGUCCGUUCCCGAUCCUUUCGGUCAUCUUGUAAUUGUAACUAGCACUUCCUUAUUCCCCAAAUUCUCCUCGCGGCACUGAAAUAUCAGAGGUUAACAAAAUGGUGGUUGAAACAACUUUCUACGACAUUCUGGGUGUAAAACCAAAUUGUAACCCGGAUGAACUGAAAAAAGCCUACCGGAAGUUGGCCCUCAAGUACCAUCCGGACAAGAAUCCUAAUGAAGGAGAAAAGUUUAAGCAAAUUUCUCAAGCUUAUGAAGUGUUGUCAAAUCCGGAGAAAAGGUCUCUGUAUGAUAGAGGAGGUGAACAAGCAUUGAAAGAAGGUGGCAUUGGUGGUGGCGGUUUUACAUCUCCUAUGGACAUCUUCGAAACAAUUUUCGGCACUUCACGCUCUAGAGGACCAGCAAGAGGCAAAGAUGUUCACCACCAGUUGAGUGUAACUCUGGAAGAAUUGUACAAAGGAUGUGAAAGGAAGUUAUCUCUAGAAAAGAACAUCAUCUGUGAGGACUGCAAAGGUCGCGGAGGCAAGAAAGGAGCUAAUGAAGAGGUUUGCAGCCCUUGUCGAGGAACUGGUCGCAUCACAGAAAUCCUUCAGUUGAGACCAGGAAUGAUUCAACAAAGCCAGUCUAUUUGUGGUGAAUGUAGAGGUCAAGGUCGCAAAUUCAGUCAUAAAGAUAUGUGCAGAACUUGCAUGGGCAGAAAGUUGGUCAGAACACGCCAGAUCAUCAAAAUAAAUAUUGAAAAAGGAAUGGUUGACAACCAAAAAAUCGUUUUGUCUGGAGAAGGUGACCAAGCUCCUGGUCUAGAAGCAGGAGAUGUGGUAAUCAUUUUGGACGAAAAGAAACACGAUGUCUUUAAGCGCAACGGUAGUAAUCUCAUCAUGAUGAUGCACAUUUCUCUAGUGGAAUCACUCUGUGGUUUUCAGAAAGUGAUUCACACUCUAGAUGACAGAGAUCUAGUAAUAACAGCAAUUCCAGGUGAAGUCACCAAGCAUGGCGAAGUAAAAUGUAUCAUGGGCGAAGGAAUGCCUCAGUACAAGAAUCCAUUCGAGAAAGGACAGCUGAUUGUGCAAUUCUUAGUUGAUUUUCCAGAUUCAAUAGCAGCUGAUAAAAUAGCAAAAUUAGAAGCUUGUCUCCCACCUCGGCCUGAAGUUAUCAUUCCAGAUGAUGCAGAAGAAUGCACACUUCUUCCCAUGGAUCCAAAUGCAGAUGCCAGGAGGCAAGAUUCAAGAAAUGCAUAUGAUGAAGAUGAGGCUCAUGAUGGUCAAGGUUUCAGAACAAUGCAAUGCGCUUCUCAGUAAAAUGUUUUCCUCUGUUGAAAGAGUGAUCCGCAUCUUAAAUUUUAUCUUCGACAGAGAGGACUACAGAACUUGAUUUUAUCAUUAAAUAAUGGCGUUUAACUAUGGAUUCCUUGUUGUAAUUAUUUAAGUAAUUGUAGGUGUAAUUUUUACUUUUAAAGUAUUAGUCAAUCAUCAUUCACUUUCUUUAAUUUUGUUUUAUCCCAUCUUUUAUAUAGUUUUUUAAUACAAUUACUGUAGUUUUGUAUUUGUUAGCACCUGUUAGACCAAAAAAAUCGGCUAAUAACUAUUGCAUCAAUAAAAAGCUAUCAUCUCAAAUCACUGUUCGCUAAUCGCUUGUUAAUUUUCUGUAAAUCAAUUUUCUUCUCUACGCUCACCACAGGAAAGUGUAAAUAAAAGGCUGUGAUCGUGUA